AUGGAAAUUGCUCGGGUUAACAAUCAUUCGGUAGAAAAUUUAAAAUUGUUACAUGAUACGACAAAUAAAACGCCAGCUGCUCUUAAAAAUUUGGGUCGACCAGUUUCUGAGUGGAGUGACUUACUAAUUUUUAUAGUCACUAGUAAACUUGAUUCUCCGUCACUUAAGGAAUGGGAGAUGCAGUUAGAAUCCAGUACAGAAUAUCCUACUUAUGAAAAGUUAGAUGAAUUUUUAGCUACUAGAAUAAGAGCUUUGGAAGCUAUACAAGCUACUAAAAUAACUUCUGAAAAUUUAAAAAGUUCUAAAUCAAGUUCAGUAAAGGGUCACGCUGCCUCUGUCAUUUCUAAGUGUCCUUUGUGUAAAGAGAACCAUAAUUUAUAUAAAUGUUCUCAAUUUAAGUCACUCUCUGUUGAUCGCCGUAAAGAAAUAGCACAAAAUAACCAUUGUUGUUUUAAUUGUUUAAUCCCCGGUCAUAGGCCUUAUUCUUGUGUGAGUGAAUUUACUUGUGCCAAAUGUCAUCGAAAACACAAUACGCUUUUACAUCAUGAUAAUAGAGUUGAUUCAAGUCAGGUGAGUUCGUCUUAA